AUGCAGACUCAGGAAGCCUACAUACAGGCUUACUGCAAGGCUCACUGGUGUUCCCACUCUGAAAUCUUCCCCCCUCACCUACGAAAGGUCACCACCAUCUUCGUCUUCAAAGGCUGGGUUUCUAGGAAAGACGCCAUCUCGAAGUUCACAACCACCACAUCCUACACGGUCUGUAUGGAUCCUUUAUCGAUCAUCGCCAGCGUGGCUGGCAUCUCCCAGGCCGGGGCUUCGCUCUCCAAAGCCAUCUACAAGCUUAUCUCUUCCACGCGCGGAGCACCCAGGGAGAUCGCCGACAUUGCGCGCGGCAUUUCCGAGCUUUCAGUCAUUCUGAGCGAGCUGCGACCGAUGAGGCGGAUCGGGAAGAUUCAGCUUGCUAUCGGCAGAUUGAUGGAUGUAGGAGGCGGGGUAGGGCGUCUCAAAUGGGCUUUCCGACGGUCGACCAGUACGCAACUGCUCUAUCAGAUUGAGGCGCACAAGGGUGCAAUCAACAUGAUUUUGCAUACUAUGACGCUCGCUGUUCAGAUUCGAGUGUUGUCUAGCUUUUCGGAGAAAAAGGACGAGAUUGCUUCUAAGCCGGAACUUGAACUUGAACGAGACCUCAGCCGUCAACAGGCGGAGAACAUGGUCGAGUCAUCAUUCCAAUCUCUUCAACAACUCACCGCCGCCAGCACUCCUCCUCAACAGGACACGGACUCGGAAGAUGAUCACGCAAACCCCAGUGAUGCCAGCAACAACACCCAGAACCAACUGGUUUUGUGGAACGGCGGGCCGGACGACACAGCAGCCUGGCUCUACCGAACCGUGUUCUCCUCCUAUGCGGAUUUGCUGGAGGAAAGUGACGGCGAUGAAACCAAGUCCGACUCGAAUGGCGAUUCGGACGAAGAAGAAACACGUUUGCAGUCAUCCGCACUGAGCCUUCAACUUACCGGACUCGGAUCUGCGUUUAAGAAACCCAACGGAUCCCAGAACAUCGUGAACGAGCUUCUCGCUGAGUGGACUGUCCUGACAAACGAGGAGAUUGAUGGGGUAGAAACGAUUCCCAAGACCCCGGAGGCCGAUUCCGCAGCUGAACCUAAGAUCGAGGAGCCACUGAACAUCACAGACGCGGUGGGGAGAAAGUUCAUAUUUCCAUUCCACAAGGCGAAGACCUGGGAGGGGUUUUCAAAGCUCAUGAAAGAGGCUUUUUUACACGUAGACAUACUUGGGCCACAUGUUCAAGAAGAACAUUAUGACAUUGUAUCAUCGGAAUCGAACGUCAUCAUGCUCCCCAGCCUCUGGGCCGACCUAGUCAAGCCUGGAGAAACAUUCGAAAUGCGCAUGUGGCCAAUCGCUGACCUGAAAGCUAAGAUGGCGCCGUUUACGGGAGGGCCACCUGGUAUGCACCCACGAGGACCGUUCCCACCAGACCUCUACGACCGCCCCCUGGCCUUCUAG